AUGGGCAGUGCGAAAGAUCCGCUUUUGGCGAAUUUGAAUGCAUUCAAGAAUAAAGUGAAGUCGUCUUCGAAUUUAGCAAAACAACAGACGGUUAUAAUCGAUGAUGUCGAGGAAGACGUUAAGCCCACUUUGAAGAGAAGUGCUUCGCAGAUGGACGAUAGUGAUACGGCGAUGUCGAGUGUGAGUGCGAGUGCGAAGAAAGAAGAUGACGUUAUUAUAUUGGACGAUAUUAAGAGGGAGACCGUGCAGACACCGAUCCCAAUAGAAGAUGAACAUUUGAACAAAAAUAUUAAAUUGGAGAAAACUAAUGGUAUUGCAAACGGACUCUCUAGUGCCUCGAAUGAUUUACUUGACGAUAUUGUCGACGAUGAGGAUUCUCCCUCUAAAAAAGUAAGACCAGGGUCAUUGGCUGCUGCUGCUUUACAAUCUAGUCAGUCUGAUAUUUCCCGAAGUCAUGACUCGUCAAAAUUACUAUGGGCUACUGAAUAUAUCCAGAAGAAAGGUCAGCCAGUGUUAUUGAAUGAAUUAUGCGACUAUUUAUCCAUUAGUAAAAAAGAUAAAAUUGUGGAAUUAUUAAAAAAAUUAGAGAAAAUUCAAUUCGAUGAUAAAACAAACAGUUAUAAAUAUAUCUCCACCUACGACGUACAUUCUACACAAGAGUUAAUGCAUCUACUAAGAUCACAAGUUACAUUCAAAGGUAUUUCAUGUAGAGAAUUAAAAGACGGUUGGCCUGGUUGUGAUGAAGCUAUCAAUGAGUUGGAAGAAGAAAGUAAAAUUUUGGUCCUAAGAACUAAGAAAGAUAGAACUCCAAGAUAUGUUUGGUACAAUAAUGGUAGUUUGUUAAAUAAUAUUGAUGAAGAAUUCGUUAAGAUGUGGGAAAACGUUCAACUUCCCCAAUUCUCAGAAUUACCUAGAAAAUUACAAGAUUUAGGUCUAAAACCUGCUAGUGUAGACCCAGCUACUAUAAAGAGACAAACAACUAAAGUUGAAGUCAAAAGAAAGAAACAAAGAAGAGGUAAAAUUACAAAUACUCACAUGGCAGGUAUCUUAAAGGAUUACUCAAAUAGGGUUUAA